AUGGCUGGCCCGACUGCUGCCCCUCGCCCAUAUCAUCUGCGGUCUCUGUUGGUUGGCUGUGAUUCACACCCAUAUCUACGAGAUCAUUUCUUCAAUAAGGUCUUGUUCUUCUACCACAUCGUCUUCGCCGUCGAGCUGUUCCUCACCCGCUUUGAGCGCUUUUUCAAGUCGGCGCAGCGGUUGAGUGAGCGUUGUCUCGGGAUGUACGCAAUGAUGUUUCUGAUCAUCUGCGUCCUUCAUUUGUCGCUGCUCAACUGGACUCGACUCGAACAAGAGUUCCAGGACGGCUUCAAGGAGGGUUUCCGGCAGUACAACAGAUCUGAUAUUGCGAUGGUGGCGCUGAACCAGAUGCAGGCAAAUCUGGGGUGUUGCGGCUACACCGGACUUCACGACUACUACCAGCCGUUCCGCAUCAGCGACGAAUUGUCAAACUUUAAAUUCUCGUUGUGCGAGACGGGCUCGUGUUUUCCGGUUUCUUGCUGCCGUACCGCACAAUGUCAAAGGCUCCUUGACCCGAAGCACGUGAGCAAAUUUCUGCACGAGACGCUUCAUCAAAAGGGUUGCCGUGAAGCCUUCUUCGAGAAUCGCGUUUCCGCCAUCCCCGGAGUCUUCUUUAUUCUGGUACCCCUGGUGUUGCAGGUUUUGACGGCGCCAUUUGUCAGCCUCCUCUACACGUCUAAUGCCUUACUCGAUGCGAAAGGCCUGGAUGCUGACGACCCGGUGGAGGGCUACAUGUUCCCCUUCUUAUGGCCAACGCUGCACGUCGUCAUAAAAGAGAUGCGCCGCGAGGCUGUUGAUGACCAGCUCGUCGAGGAGAGCUCCAAAUUAGAGUUCGAACGGGCCGCGAAAUGGGAGGAGCUCUACCGUCGUCUACUCGCUCCAGCAGCUGAGAAGCAGCAAACCGCC